ACUUCUUCUGGGUGAUAAAUACAGCAAGUAAGGCUAUUAAACUGUCUACAAAGAGCACAUGUCAAAUAUAAAUUACAGCUUGUUCAAAACAGAAGUGUUAUAAUAUUACAAAAAAAAGUUCCUUGAUAAAAAAUAAAUAGCUUUGGAACUAUUCUAUAAGCUUUUAUUAACCUAAAUGUAAAAACACAAUCUGGCUUGCCAACAAACGUCGGUGUCUAAACUUGUUUUAAAAAAGUCAGACAAAUACACAACCACAGACCUGAAAACACACCUACGUGCUGUGUGUGGGCUGCUUAGCUCCCUCUGACAUCAAUUUUGUGAAUUGUGUGAACCCAAGCUAUUGGCCAGGGCAAACCUUGACAAAAAAAAGUAAAUAGCCUCCAGCAGUAGUGCGGCUGCAUUUCAUGUCAGCUGUGCAAAUUGAGUCUUUUGCAAUAAUAAAUCAUUAACCUUUUAGUCAGCAAGUACGCUGUCCAGUUACGCUCCGAAAGCCAACUCUGACCUAACAAGGAGCAAAAUGAUCCGGCCGAUAUUAAUGAAAUGCCAGUUUCAGUCUAUAACAUUUAGUCAUGCUGCGCAGCAGGGAAGUUGAAGCGCAUCCUGCUCUCGGGCCAGAUAACACUCGCACUUCCCACUGCUGAAUGAGAAGGUGGGAAAUCAAGUAUUGAGAAGACAAGAACGACACACGGCACCUACCCCACAGUGGACACGGCAUUUUCAACCUGGCAGAUCUCUUAAUGGAACAAAUGUGGACUCAUCGGGAGAGGCCAAGCGGGGCAUGGCUUUAAGCAGACUCCUGCUGCUUUGUAUGGUAGCCUCUGAGGUGUGGGAUGCUGAGACCAAACCCAUAGACUUUGUGUGUAAUAGAACGGCCAGGAGGGUUAUGAAUAUCGUGGCAGAAAUGGAGAGAGCCCUGAGUGACUGCAAUGGCGUUGUGACCCUCUCCACACCGGUUCAGCUGCCCUGCACGGAGCUUCAUGUAGCAUCUUGGGAAAACAAAUCAUACCAGGAGAGGAGAGGAGACAUAGUCGCAUCCUUGAGGCUUCUUAUUGAAGGUGUGAAGAUUAUGAGGGCCCUGAGUCAGCCAGAAUGUGGCGCUUCACUACUGCAGAGAUUGGAGAACAACAUCAACAACUACCUGAUCAUUCUCACAAACCUUCAGCUGAGUGGGCCAGUGGUGGGUCCAUCGUUGUCUUGCCUUCCUCUGAGGUCUCAGAGUCUGAGCACAGUCCUGCUGAGAUACAACCAACUGAUCUCUGGCAAACUGGAGAAGUUCAUGGUUAACCUGGAAGACAGAUGCACAAACCAGUGACACACAAAGGACUUUGGUGGACCUAUUUCACUUCACAAUGAAUUCAACUCUGGAGCCCAGAGUCGAUCAAUUCCACCGGCGCAAAAAAACAGGAUUCAUCUGGAUUUUCUCCUCAAACUCAGAAGCCUUGUGUACAAAACAUAUUGUGAUAUACAGACUCAUACUUUUUUUUUAGAGUAAAAUGCAGAAAUCAUUAUCUGUUGGCCAUUAGAGGAACUACAUCUGGAUAAGCAGAGAAAAAUAAAAGACUGCAAUUUGUCUGCAAUGAUGAAUCAUCACGGACUAAUUGGAGGGAAGUUCUUUGUAUCAUUCAAAAGCUAUGAAUGUAUUGAAUGUGAUUUUUAGGCCUGUUUAACCAAUACAAGCCCACAAUCUGCCAAAAGGAAAAAUGCUCCUCUUUUUUUUCAUGUAGCUUUAUUGGGAGCUUCUCGAAGUCUUCACUGUAUGCAAAGUUAUUAAAAUCAGAAUAAUUGUUUAUGUUAGAGAGUGAUGUACAGCUUGAUCACAGGGGCCACAACAAUAACAAGUAAUUCAAUUCAUGUUUCAGGAAACAUUUGUUUUACUUCUUAUAAUCAAUGGCACAAGUCGUCACAGUGCAGACAUUGCACUAGAAAUAUACAACAAAUAUAUCAUAUAUGCUAUCAAUGACACUUAUUGAAGACUGGAAAAUAUUGCUGUAUCCCACUGGUAUGAACUUAGUGAGCAGAUGUUUAUAUUUUCAUUUCAAAUGUCAUGGUUUGCUGUAUAUGUGUACAUGGUCCCAUGUAUUCCUUUUUCUUAUCCUUUCAGAAAAUUCACCUUAGUUUCUUUGAGAAUGUCUGUGUAAAUGCGAAAAUUUCGCAUCUAAGCACAUUUUUUGCAACACUAUCAACAUGAAUGUUGUUUAUGAUGAUAAAAAAAUCCUUCACAAUACAAUAUGCAAUAAACGGUUAGAUGCGUUACACCCAAAUAUUUAAUCAUGUAUGUAUUUA